AUGAAGACCGUACUUGCUCUGCUGUGUGUGGUAGCUGUCGUUGCCGCUGCGCCCCGCUCGGUGCAGACUAAAUACGGCUUCCCGAGUGGACGCAUCGUUGGAGGCAUCGAUGCGCUUCCGGGAGAAUUCCCCUCGAUCGUCUCGGUUCAACGAGUGAUUCUGAUCCUGUCGGCUCACGUUUGCGGUGGCAGCAUUUUGAACAACUUCUGGGUCAUAACCGCUGCUCAUUGCAUCACCGAGAGUCCGGCAGGAGCCAACUUCGCGAUCUGGGCCGGAACCCAUGAUGUUUCCGCCACGGAAGGGACUCGGCAGACUAUCGCCGUAGCAAGCCACACAGUGCAUCCGGAAUACCUGGGUGGUGUGAACCCGUCCGAUAUUGCUGUAAUGCGGAUGGCUAGUCCGCUCACGUACACCGCCUUUAUCCAACCGAUCACGCUGCCAACCGUGGGCAGCACACCAACUGGUGCUGUAACGCUGGCCGGAUGGGGCUCGACCGGUGGAGCUAUCCCUCUGCCUGCUAACAUUCUUCAGAAGGCCACCAAGCCGUUGAUCACUUAUGCUGAGUGUGAAGCCGCCGCCGGCGCUGACUCGCCCCUCGGGCCGACCAACAUCUGCACUGGCCCGCUGACCGGAGGAGUGUCCGCUUGCUCCGGGGAUUCCGGUGGCCCACUGUACCGCAUCAUCGGUAACGUUCACGAGCAAGUCGGUAUCGUUUCGUGGGGCUGGAUCCCGUGCGGUACCGUCGGCUUCCCUUCGGUCUAUGUCGGUCUCUCACACUACAUUCCGUGGGUUCUCGCCAACACUGACUAA